AUGCAACAGAAUGUUGAGACAAUGCCCAUCAAAGAGCAGUUCUCUAUGGGGCCAGAGCAAUUUGUGACCACACGCAAAAUCAUCAAAUACCAAAUGGAUCCUGUUAAAGUUAUCAGGCGUACAUUCAAGGUUGUACCGGAACAGAUGCAACGCACAUACAAGCUGCAAUAUAACAUGAAUGGAGGUUUCAAUGAGGCGGAGCUAAAGAAGAUGCUACAAACACAGGGAAUGCAGGAACUGCAGAAAUGGGCAUGGGGAGAUGGUAAUUAG